CAAUUAUAUGAUUACAAAUCUAAAAGACAAGCAAUAAAUAUCAUUGGAGUCGUGAUUUCUAAACUACCAAGAGAAUUUAUUGUGACCAACAGGACAGGACAACAAAAAGCUAACGACUUUGUGAUCGUUGAUGAAGAGCUUAAACCUAUCAUUUUCACAAUGUGGGGCAAUUUUACGGUUUGCCAAGGAGUUGAAAUUGACAAAGAGCUCCAAUCAGGAGAUUAUCCCGUUGUUCUUGGAAGAAGGAUUACUGUCACCCCAUAUCAAGGAAUUUCCUUAUCUACAAGAACGGACUCUGGUGUAGAAGUGAAUCCGUUUGGUAAACGUGCUGAUGCUCUUAAAGAAUGGGCGAAGACUAAUUCUUUAGUUAUUGAAAGAUUGAUUGUUGAAAAAGCACAUAACAAUGCUUCAAAAGGAGUCUGGGUUAAAUCAAAGAUCACACUCAUAGAUAACGGAAAUCCUACCUACUACAUUGGUUGCAACAAUUGUGAUAAGAAAAUUAAUUGUAAUGAUGAAGGUAUUAAAUUCCAAUGUAUGUUUUGUGGUCAUGCAAAUGCGGUUUCUAUCAAGAGAUAUAGACUAAUUGUUGAGCUGUUUGAUGGGACAGAUAGAAUUCAAGCUACGCUGUUUAAUCGUCUUGUGGAUAAGUUGUUUUCCUUGACAGAAACAGAGAAUGAAAAAGAUGGCUUUGAUUUUCAAAAGCUACAAAAAAAACUUGAUACACCGACUUUUGCUGUGGAACUUAGGUGUCAAACCCAAGAUCGGGGAGGAAUGACAACGGUCUACACAGUUGCAUCUAUUUGUGAAGAUAUAUCAACUUCAUCAAUUACCGGUACUAAAAAGAAACUUGCCUUUGGAGAAUCUAGCAAUCCGGUAGAAGAUUCAACAAAUUUACCUCCAUCAAAUGUUGACAAUAACUAUGCUAGAGAAAAACGUCCAAGAAUUGAGUGAAGUUGUGAUUUGUACUUAAGUGUUUAUGUUAUUAUUUCUUUUCCUGUUACAAUAAUCAAUGAUUCAAGUGUCUUUAUAGACAAAAAUAAAAAUUAUUGACUUUGAGUAA